CGCGGGCGCUGCUCGCAGAGCGCUCGACGUUUCCUUUUUAGGGCUUUUUUUUUACUUUCCUUUCCUUGCGUCGGUGCUUUUUUUUCCCCUUCUUCGCUCCUUGCAGGGCAGGGCCGGCGGCAGCACCACCCCCAUCCCUCCCUCUGCCUUCCCCCGGCGGAGGAGGAGCCGGGGCUGAACCGCGGCCAGGGCAGGGGGUGAGCCAUGUCCCUGCCGGGGCGGCAGGAGGAGGAGGAGGAGGGGGAUGGAGCCGGGGAGGAGGUGGUGCAGAUCCGGCUGGGGGACAAGUGCUACCCGGUGUGCAAGAGGAAGCUAAUCGAGCAGAGUGACUAUUUCCGAGCCCUGUACCGCUCGGGCAUGCGGGAGGCAGGGCAGGGGCAGCAGGAGCAGCUGCUGCGCGGGGGGCUGAGCGCCCUGGGGCUGGAGCUGGUGCUGGACUUCAUCAACACCUCGUGCCUGGCCAGGCUGGAGCAGGAGGAGGGGGGCGAGGAGGACCCACCUUUGCUGGAGGAGCUGGUGGAGGCGGCUUCCUACCUGCAGGUCACCCCCUUGCUCCGCCUGCUCCUCUCCCAGGUGAGGGUGGGCAACUGCUUCGAGCUGCACCGCCUGGCACAGGUCUACGGUCUCCAGGACUUGCACGACGCCUGUCUAGACUUCAUGGCCACCCAUUACCAUCAAGUGCUUCGGAGGCCUGAUGCCCGGCCACAUCUCCUCCUGCCCCACGCUCUCCAGCAGCACUUGAAGGAGAGGCGGAUGAGGGGCACCGCCACCCUGGUGGCCAUCGGAGACUUCAUGGGCGCCUCCUGCUUGGGCUUGCCUCCAGGCUGUCACCCUCAGGUGGAAGCCCCUUGGUCUAUGGUGAGGUACGAUGAGGAAGCGCAGAGGUGGCUCCCCUUGGCCAACAACCUGCCCCCCGAUCUGGUGAAUGUCCGAGGCUACGGGUCUGCGAUGUUGGACAACUACCUGUUCAUCGUCGGGGGCUACAGGAUCACCAGCCAGGAGAUUUCAGCUGCUCACUGUUACAACCCUUGCCUAAACGAAUGGAGUCAACUGGCUUCCAUGAACCAGAAGAGGUCCAAUUUUAAGCUUUUAGCUGUAAACGGAAAGCUGUAUGCCAUUGGUGGUCAAUCACUUUCCAAUGUGGAGUGCUAUAACCCAGAAAAUGACUGGUGGAAUUUUGUAGCGUCCAUGCCAAACCCUCUUGCAGAAUUCUCAGCUUGUGAGUGCAAGGGCAAGAUCUACGUUAUCGGAGGAUACACUACACGAGAUAGGAAUAUGAACAUUUUGCAGUACUGUCCCACUUCUGAUUCCUGGACGAACUUUGAACUCUGUGAUGUCCAUGUUCGCAAACAACAGAUGCUGUCUGUUGAAGAAACUAUAUAUCUGGUAGGGGGUUGUAUUCAUGAACUUGGACCAAACCAGAAAUCCAGCCAAAAUGAGGAUGUGUUAACUGUACAGUCUUACAACAUUGCUACCAAAGAAUGGCUCUACCUCAAAGAGAAUACGUCAAAAUCGGGUCUGAACUUGACUUGCACUCUCCACAAUGAUGGAGUCUAUAUAUUGAGUAGAGAUAUUACUUUAUCUACAAGCUUGGAGCACCGUGUUUUUCUUAAGUAUAAUAUAUUUACGGACAGUUGGGAGUCACUAAGACGCUUUCCAGCCUUUGGACAAAACAUGCUGAUCUGUUCUAUGUAUUUGCCUGAUGUGCGGGAAGUGUAACAGCAUCAGGUUUUUCUUUGCAGCUCAUUUAUCAUUCUUGGAAGAAAUAUUGCUCCCUCUAAAUAACUCCAGUUUCAGAAUGUAACAUGAUUGCAUAGUGUAGGCAUAAAAUACUGAUUCUGUUUCUUAAAAAAGUUGCAAAAUCCAAUAGUAAAGAGAAAUGCUUCCAGAAGCAAUUUUAGGAUUUAAAUUUAAAAAUUGUGUUGCUUUGGAUUGAAAUUUCACGAGGUAUUGUUUGCAAUUUAAGCAUAAAAUUAUUGUGUUGGUAAAUGAUAAAGGAAUUCCAAAGGCAAAACUGAUCAGUCUAGUUUUAUUCUUCAUCUUAAUAGACAGUGUAGAAGAUAAGCAAGGAAUAUACAUGAUAGAAGUGGAAAUAAUUCAAUAAAGUAAACAGUAAAGCUAAGGAAAAUUGCAAAGAAAAUAAUAUAUUUUAAAAUGCAGGUUUUACUCAAACUUUGUCCUGCUAAAUGCACAAUGUUUAAAAUUGUUUAUAUUAUCACAAUGUUAUGUCUUUUAUGGUAAAAAGUGAGAUUCCCCAAGGUGCCAACGAUUGGGGUACCAUCUCAAGAAAUAAACUCUUCCCCUGAAUGAUUUGUAAUGAAAUGCUUUGUCAGGGCCUGGGAGGAAUUGCCUUCUCCCAGUUCCUGCCUGUUGCCUGAGACAAUUAUAAUCAUGAUUGGCCCGUUUACUUUUUGUACCUGACAAGUUCAUAGGCAUCUUCUGAAGACAGAUGCCCAGGUGUGGAAUGUGUCUCCUGGUGAGAGGGAAAGGAGAAGAUCUUGGUCACCGUGGGAUGGUUUCACUGCAGCUCCUGUUAGGGAAGAGAUAAUCAGGUUAGACGCGCUGAGCACAUUGUAGGGAUUCUGGUUCUGUACCAAGUGUUUCUGCACAUGAGAAGACCAGAGAUUUAAUUCACCUGAGCAGAUUCCUAGUAUGUGGAGUUGUGUUCUUUGCCUUGGAAUUCAGGAAUCUGAAUCUUCUUUUGAAGAUACAUACGUUUUUUAUAGAGGAGGAGGAGGCAGCAACGUUUCCCUGAAAGUUCUUUUGACUCCCUGUUUCUCCAUGGAUUUGCAUGAAAUCAGUGAUGACUAAAACAGCUAUCAGACUUGAAGCACCUUGCCAAUUAUUUCUCAUACAUUCAGUGCUUAGGUGUGUAAUUUUUGUGCCUCUGAUCAUGCAUAGCAACCUGAACAGAAAGUCCCAGGAAACUAGUUCAGAAUGAGGAUAUUUAGGUUUGGACACUUUUAGAAUACAGGUACUUUGGACAGGUUUACCUUUUGGGUGGGUUUUCUGUAGCCUGGCUGAGUAUGUUACACUUAGGCCCAAAGUAGUAUCUACCAUUCAGCUGUAUGCAUGAAUUUGAAGAGUUAAGCCUGUGAGUAUUUCUUUGAAAACACAAUGUACUGAGCAGCUCUUCUCUUCUGACAGUAUUAUUAGACCAAACAAUGGCUCUGCUGCACUGAGGAAAGAAAAGUCACGUUAUUUUGCCUGCUUUCCUUCCUUUCUUUUCAUUUUCAGAUUUAGUACCCUACAGUCAACUCAGAUCGAUACUGGUGGAGGGAGUCACUUCUGAGUUGCAACAUUCUCUUGCUUAGCAAGUCAGCUGUGAAAACCCAUCACUUAGAUUUGCAUGUGUGAUGUAUCUAAUCAAGUCCUUUCAAACCCAUUCAUUUCUUAAUGUAGUCAUCGUUCCAAAAGCUAUGACAUCAUCUUUUAGGUGUGAUCACUCUUUUUCACAAGGCCUUUCCACACUGGAUUUAUUUACAUGUUGUUUUCAGCCUCCAGUGAUCAGGUGGAAAUCUGAAGAACCUGCUCAUAUGUAGAAAAGAAAAGCAGCUGAGACUGUAAAUAACCAGACUUUUAUGCCAGUCCAUAGUCCUAAUUCCUCCCAUACUGACAUCUAACAGUACUGCAAUCACAAGCCAUAACUGCUGUUGAGUUUAGUGGGAGCAUCAGACUGUAAUAAUUUUAAAUUACUGUAUUACUGCAGGCUGAAAUAAAUAUAAUUUUCUUAGACAAAAUUUAUUACAGAAAAGUAUGCAAUGUGGGUGGUCCCCAUACCUCAGGAAAAACCCCAAACACUGUAAUAAUUGUGCCAUGUUUUAUUCAUUUUGCUUCUGUCACUUUAAUAUUUUCACAUAGGCAGCCUGUGCUCUUUGGGGCAAGGAAAGCUGGUUGAGAGUCACUAACAGAGAAUAAUUGAAAAACUGCUUUUUUAGCCAAUAGAACGUUCGUCAGGAAUUCAAGGUGCUAUCUUAUUGUUGGUGGUGGGAGGAAAAGCUUUGUCCUUAACUUACAGUCAAAUAAGCUUCUUCUGGAUGCAACAAUACUGUCAUAGACGAAGGUUCUUGCAGUCUGAUCAACUAGAAAUUCCUGUGAUAUCCUGCUAUUGCUUCUAACUUGCCAUGUGGGCUUGGAGGGAUCGCUCUAGCUUCUUGCAUUUUCAGCCACAAAUGUAACACAUGAGUAGAAAAGUCAUUUGCCUGGUGUAGUAAUGUAGUGUUUGUAAGACAUCUUGAGCACAUGAAGAAGUACAUAUAUUAUAUUGUUGUAACUGUUUACUUGGUUAUUAAAGUGGAAGGACAGAAGGCAGCCAUUAAUCUCAUUUUGGUCUCUACUAAUCACCUUUAUUUUGAAUUGUGGCUUUUUCCAGUCUGUUUCUUUCUUUCUUUUUCCUUUUAGUACCUAAUAACCUGUUAUUCAUCUAAGUUUCUUAGUUUUGAUGUUCUGAAGUGUGUAUCCAAGUUCAAAACUGCUGCUUUCAUGCUAUGUCUGGGUUAUCCAGUGUUUACAUAUCCACUAUUAAUUUUUUCUGUCUCAUGGACUGAUUCCACUUGAUAAUGACCAGUGAAAGCUGACCAUAGUAAGGAAUGAUCCCAAGUCGAAAGAAAGAACAACAGACAAAACAACAGCCACCAAAGUCUUGAGGGAGGAGUAAAUGGAAAACUGAGAACUUUACUGUCUUCUGAUAAAAUAGAGAAGCACGUAAGAAGGUUGCUCACAUCAAGGCUAAGAGAGAACAUAAUGUUUUUUUCCUUUCUGCGAAUAAUUUGUCGUUUUCAAUGUGAAAUAAGAGUUGUGUAGGGCUUAAAUUUAAUCUCCCUGGCUAGUUUCCAUGGGUUUCCCUUUCUGCCCUGUCAGCUGACCUUUCUUGGGCUCAAUAUCUAUGUUUUCCAUCCUUGGAGGAUUUUGCCUUUCUACAUCAGUAUCCUGUUUUGCUAAAAUUAUAUGGUUGCAGUCUGGUUGGUCUUUUCUACUUGUUACUCUGCUUUUCACACUGAUGUGUGUUUGUCAGUCCCCAUAAUGAAAAAGUAAAAUAAUUUAUUCAAUUUUGCGUCCUUGGAAGAGAGGUCUAUGAAGCUGCAAAUGUUUUGUUUAUUUUUAAUCUUCCUUUCAGUGAGAAAUGGUGCUACAGCAGACAUUCAGCUUGUGGAAAAUGAUCUGCGUCAGUUUUGUGAUAGGCAAAGGAACAUACAGAGUGUAAUGACAACAUUUAGCACAUAACAUGCUCAAAGCCCUACAGAAGCAGAAAUUAGUCAUCCCUGUUGUCCCUGUAAGGUGAGAUACAUGCUGUAAAUCGUGUUUAAGCAGAGACGAUCCAUGCAGUAUCUGCCAGUAUUACCACUGAGUUUGUAAGUAGUUAGUUAGAGUCCUCCUCAGAGGGUAGAAACCAUCAGCAUCCACAGUACGUCAUACUGAUUUUGCAUUUACAGUCAUGACCAAAGGGUGGCUCCCCAUCCCCACAGUAAGUCUUAGAACCGGUAACAAAUGCUGUAAGAUAUGGAAAGUUUAACCGUCUUUCUCUACAAUGUUAGCACUGCCAUUCUUGGGGUAUGUUUUCUGUCUAAUGAACUCAGAGCCUGUUUUAGUGUAAUCUGUCUUAUUUUCCCAAAAAGGAGAGUGUUGUUUGGGAGAGGAGUCUGGAUUUUGUGAACUGAUAGGGAUCAUGCGUUCGCUGCUUUAAAAUUGUUACCUUGAUUAUAUCUGGUAUGUGGAUUUUUUCCUAAAAGCAUUGAUACUACCAGUAAAUAAUAUGUUACUAUUAUAUCAGUAUUUUCUAAAGUAAGUUUCAGUUUAUUGUAAUUAGAAGAAUGAAAAAUGUUUCAUUUGUGAAAUACAAAUUGUCUCUUAUUGCUGCAAUUACUCUUAUUUUUCUAGUGGAAGGCAGAUUAGGUAGUGUCCAGUUUCAGAGUAUCCAGUUGUACGAUGUGCUACAUCUCUUCAACUCAUAUAUGCUUCAGCAGAAAAGAUGUUCAGCACCUGAGAAAAGGAUGUUUGUUAGUAUUCAUACCAUUAUUUAAGAUUCAGCAGUGAAUGCAAACACUCUGAAUCCUCCCUCAUGCACUCAGUUUUUCAGGUGAAAUUUAUGAUUGUUUGUUGAUUUUCCACUCCCUGAUAUUUUCCAGAUGUUUAAAGGGUGUGCCUUGUGAUAAGACACUUUAUAAAUAAUUUUCAGAAAUUAAAAUAGUUUACCCUGUCUUUUGCCUAUGAAGAUUUUACCCAGCCACACAUCUGUCACUUUUCUUGUAGCGUGCUGCUCUAAUGCAGCCCCAUGUUUGCCCUGAUCACCAUAUUAUCCUUUAUGAGCACUAGUAGCACUCUCAGAUGAGGCUAAGCUGAUGGUAUGAUAGCCUAUGUUAUACUACAAAUACCCAGUUCUUUUCCCAGGACAAAUCUUUAAUGUACUGCUUCUACUAUACAUAAUUCAACUUACGAGAUGUGUCAGCACACAAAUCACUGCAGAAAUCAGAUUUCUGAUGCAACUGUUAACCUACUCUAUGUUGGAAGCUGCCUACCUCUUUUGGAGUUAUACCCAACCCUUCCUGUUCAAGAUUCCUCUAAACAAGUGCAAAUCAAGUGAUGGAAAACCCCUACUGUAGGGAAUUCCUGGCAAUAUUGCAUUUCAAAAUAAAAUCACCUGCUGUGAAGGCUUUUAUCUCCCCAUUCCUCCACUUUGGGAUACCCCAUUGACUUAGCCAAAGACACGUAGGUCCAUCCAUAUCUUUUGUGUGCUGUUUUUUCCUUAUAUAAUGUUUCCCAAGGAAAGAUAUGGGGUUUUUCUCCAUUCACCUUCUAUGAUUAGGAAAACCUAAAAUCCUCUUUCCGGUUGUCUUCUGAUUCUAAGUUUUUGCAUCUUCAAAAUUACUUACCCUAUAAACUUCCUUGUUUGCUUUCAUUGGUCAUGGUUUGAAAACUUAUUCUGUAGAAUUUUGAGUACUUACUUGUAAAUAGUGAAUAUUCACAAUAUAAGCGAUUUAUGUAAUCCAAAGGCAGGAAUAUCUUAUCUAUAGCUCUUCAAGGAUGCAACUUCAGCUAUGCAAGGUUUGAAAUGUAAAACAUGGCAUUGCUUAGUCUGCUUUGGACCGUUGACUAAUUUCAAGAUUUGCUGUUCACUAGGGUGAAAAAAAUUUAACAGAACGGUGUUUGUGGAGGUGAUAUUAGAAGGGCUCUGUUUUAAUCUUUGGAUAUUGUUACCACAAUUUUCUUUUCCUCCUAGGGAUGCUAUAUAUGUCUGGUAUCAGAUUGUAUUGCUUUUUUAGUUGAUUGUAAGGGAAGUCUUGCCCUUUUAUAGGUACAGCCUCACUUUACUGUGAAGACUAGAGCUGUGUAAUUUGACAGUGUGUGUUAUGGAGUUGUAAAUAAUCAAUUGAUGAUAACUGCUUUCAAGCCCAUAAAAACAUUAUUUUGGGUGGUAGAGGUGGAGAUUUAGUCAGAAAACAGAUGCUUAGAAACAGCCAUUCUCCAGCCUCCAGGCAUAAACAAUUUUCAAAUGCAGAAGCAAGCAGAAUUUUUUUUUAAAAGAUUUUAAAAUAUAAAUUCCUUUUUCCUUCUUCCCAUCUCUCCCUCUGCAACUCAAAGCCUUUCAACCACAAUAAUUUGUGGGAAGGCAUCUGUGCAUUUGGAAGAAAAUGGUAGUAGUGAGUUAGGAAUGUACUGCUUGGGCGGGUGAUCCCUUAUCAGAACUACAACUUGGCAGACCAAGAAACCUUUCUUCAGCUUUUCUGGGUGAAGGUCUGACUGACAUUUAUGACUCUUUAAUGCCAACAUACAUAUAAUGAUAGGUGAGGCAGGGAGAGGAAUCACAGAAGCCCUAUUGUGUUUCUAAUAACAAACGCACAAUAGACUUGUAGAGAGACUUGUUUUUUAAUAGGGCCUGAUCUAAAGCCUUUUGAUGUUAAUAAAAAGACCUAGCUUUGAAUUAUGUACAUAUUUCAGUGAAUUAGUUAAUUUUGAAGGAAUCUGAAGAGAUAUUAACUGUUCAACUGGCUGCUGAAAGAAAAGGCAUAGACUGAAGACUUGGAGAAUCUUGUCAGUGUGAUCUCUGAUACGCCCCACCUGGGUUUUUUGUGUUGCAUUUCAAUGUGAAGUUGUCCAUCUCUGUUAACACAAGUCUUUGAAAUAUACUGGCUCUAAAGUAGUUGGGGAAUGAUGUUUUCCUAAGAAUGUCUGGGGAAAGGUGAACACCACUGCAAUUGUGUUGUUGGCGAGUCACUGAGAAAAGAUUGCUGAUACUUUGUGACUGAACAGCAAAGGACUGUUAUGUGUCCUGGUCUAUGUUAUCUUUUACCAGGAAAUGUGAUGGAUUGAAAUGGGUUUUUUAGGUUAUGGUGCUAUUAGCAAUGUCCCCUCAAAACAAACGAACAAAAAAGUAUAAAGGCAUUUGGAUCCUUCUCUCACAUGCUCUAAUAAUGCCAUACCCCCAAAAAUACAGAAUAUGGUCAUGUGGAGCAGACAGGCAUCAUUCCUGUUUUAUAUUGUCAAUAUAUGCAAAUACAAAGGAUUUAUUUGCACAGGGAUUGAAACUUUGGCUGGUAUUUCAUGCAAGGUGAAACAGCUCCAGGAACUGUUUGAGAGUGAACCACGUCAGGACUGCAUCUUUACAGGAAAUACAAGGGUGUGUCCCAAGUAGUGAUUUGAAAUCCUUGAAGAGGAGGAUGGACUUGAACACUAAUCACUUAUGUCAUGGCAAUUUUGCAGGUAAACAUAGUCCCUUAUCUCUUCAGUUUGUGUGUGCAACUGUUUUUUGUUAUUUGCUUAAGCCAAAGUUUUUUUUGCAGGCUUUAUUUCGGAUAAUCAAACAGUGUUUUUCCAGAAAAUAACGUAUUUGCACAAAGCUAUCUACAUAUAACACCCCAAAUAGGAUGCUCAAGAUUGCAUUUCCUAUAUAUCAAUUCCCUUUGUUUUUUUAUAAAUCUGUUUCAGUUAUUAGAGUAUUAAAAUUAAUCUUCUUGUGUCCUAAUGUUGUGUCCUCUGAGAGCUUGCAAAGCAGCUUAUGAAACAAGACUGUCUCUCUGUUAUCAACGCGGUAUAAUUGUACCUAUCUAUGGGGAACUGGGCAUGGGCUUUACUGGCAUUCUGGUUUCAGUAGGGCAGUUGGUCAGUGUCCUGAACCUGCUGUUCCAGACUAGUUGUAAAGACUGUGUAAAUUUUGAAGAGUGACUGUUGUUGACCGGUGUGGCCAUGAUGCCCCUAGAAGAUCCCCUCCUUAAGUAGCAUAACACAGUAGUAACUGACAUUGUUUCCUUCUAGAUUUUUGGUUGAUCCAUCUGCCCACCAAUGCCUUCAAAUCAGAGCAAUUUUCUUCUGCCAGCUGCGUUGCAUAAAAAAUUCCACUCUCUAUAUGGCCCCUGAAGUCAAGAAUAAACAUAGAGGAACAUAAACUCUUUCACCCCUGCUGGCCCCAGCACUCAGCGGACUCCUCACCCCUCCAAUGGUCAAUAGAAGUCAAAAAAAAAAGCAGCAAAUACUUCCAACCCACCUGCAAUCAGGGACCCUUAAGUCACUGGCACCCAGAAAAAUCACCCAUUUUCUGCCAAACUGUCUUUGCCGAAGGGAGGCUUUAACUGGGAACUGUCUUCUUUGGCUUCAGGCCUCUCAGUCACAUUAAUAGCUGGAUACUCACCCUGUCAAGCUCUUCCCUGCCAGUCUAACACCUAUUUCCUUCAGGUGCUGCAGGGUGAGACAUAUUAGGAACUCAGCAGCCCGUUAAUUCUUUCCUGAUUUCUGUGGGAGGUCUUAACAGAAGUUCAGAAUUUUCUUCAGAGGCAGCAAGUUUGGGAUUUGAGUUCCACCCUCUGUAGAAAGCAUGGACCAUGAAAAGUAGUAUUAAAAUUGGUCCUUUUAUCGACAUUAAAGUGCACUUACACUUUAAAGGCAAGUGAAAGCAAAGGUCAAGAAAAUGUGAAUUGGAGUACAGAGUACACUGGUAAUUGCAGUGUUCUCAAGUAUGUAGGGCAAUUACAACUCAAUAGACACAGGCACAGACUUAGAAAAAAGGCAAAACAGUUUUUCAGCUUGGUCUACAAUG